AUGCUUUCCAAUCAAUGUUUAUAUUCGUUUGGUGGUAACUGGUUUAUGAGAACUGCAGUGUUAUCAUCAUUGGAAAUAAACAAAAUUUUGUCCGACAUAUAUCAACAACUCAAAGGACCCGUGCCAAUUGAAUUAGAACUAUCUUUAGAAGAAAAUAUGUACCAAACGUAUCGUAUUAGAGCUGUAACAGUACCAAGAAUGGAUAAAUGUUUAUGUGUCUAUUUUUAUUUACAUAAAAAUACUGCGCAUAGUCGAAGUCGGUGGUCCAAUAAUAGAGGUGUCUUUAACAGUCAGUUGUUUCGCUGCAAAACGAUUGUUAUGAGUAAUGAUUAUGAUCAAAUCAAUGAUGAAUUUCUUUCAUUAGCACCAUCUAUCAUUUCUUGGCAUCAAAUUACAUCUCUUAGUAUUGCUCAACCAUUCAAUUCAACUCAUCUUUUUCGUCUCUUUUCGCACACGACUAAUCUACGUACUUUAGACCUACAUUAUAGAUCAAAAUAUGAUUAUAGAAGGGGUUUGGACGAGGACGCUUUAAUCGAUCUUUUUGAUGAUACUACUUUAUGUAAUAUGCUCAUGUCAAAUGGCUUACGACAACUCAAUAUUUUUACUGCUCCAGAUCAAUCAAAUUUAUUAGACAUUGCUUAUUUAAUCGUCGAGCGAUUACCUUAUUUGCAAGUCAUAGAAAUAACUACUACUGACGAUCAAAUCGUUAAAAUAUCGCAUAUACUUAUCAGUGGUUUCAAGAAAUUAAAUUUUCUCAUUAUUAGAGGCUGUAUUCAACAUGAUAAAAUCAAUGAAAAAAGAUUGCGUGAUUUGCAAAAUUCCAAUACUCGUUCUUUUCGAACGGAAAUUCCUAAGACAAUGGAUGAAGAUACAGUUUGCAUAUGGCUAUAA